AUGGCUUCAGAACCACGGAAUAUUGUAAUCAUUGGAGGAGGAAUCAUCGGGUGUACCAGCGCCUACUUCCUCACCCGCCACCCCGCCUUCAAUCCCUCUCUCCACAGCAUCACCAUCCUCGAAGCCACAUCCAUCGCGUCCGGCGCCUCGGGCAAAGCAGGCGGUCUGCUAGCACUCUGGGCAUAUCCGGAAUGUAUCGUGCCUUUAUCCUACCGACUGCACGCUGAACUUGCAAAGGAACACGAUGGCGCGAAACGAUGGGGGUAUAGAGCUGUGCAUUGUGGCUCCAUAGAUGCUAAGGGCAAGAAACUUGAAGGUGAGAAUGGAGGAGAGACUGCUGAAGGAGAGGAUGAAUGGAAAAAGCUUCCUAAAACACAUAUCAAGCGGGGGAAAACUAUAGGUGCUGAGAUACCCGCGGAGUUGGACUGGUUCGAUAGUUCUUCUAUACACAGUUAUAGGGAGAUGGGAAACCCAAAUACAACAGCACAAGUACACCCAUUCCUCUUCACGACCUCCAUGGCGGAGCUCGCCCAAGCUUCCGGAGCAAAAAUUGUCUUCGGCUCUGUGACGGAAAUCGAUUAUACAGGCCAUGGUGUAAAAGGCGUGGUGUAUAAGGACAAAGAAACAGAAGAAGCAAAAAGGCUAGACGCUACAGAUGUAAUACUAGCUGCAGGACCCUGGUCACGCAGUAUCUUUCCAGAUGCGCCAAUCGAUGCGCUACGCGCGCACAGCGUGGUUAUCGAGGCGGAUGUGAGUCCGUAUGCAGUCUUUACUGAAAUUGAACUGCCAAAAGACUUUACCGUACCUGGGCAGGGAAAGAAGAGGAAACAUGGGAAGAGUGUCAAUCCUGAGAUGUAUGCUAGACCUGAUGGGACUGUUUAUGCUUGUGGCGAAGGCGAUGAGCGCAUCCCCCUCCCCGCCACCUCCGACCUUGUAGUCUGCGACGAAUCUAGUUGCGACGACAUAUACGCUUACAUAUCCUCCAUCUCCCCAACGCUCAAAGCCGGAAAAGUGCUUGCGAAACAAGCUUGCUACCUCCCUCUCGUUGCUAGUGGCGGUGGUCCUAUUAUCGGCGAAACAGGGAUAAAGGGGCUGAUACUAGCGAGCGGACAUACGUGUUGGGGGAUCCAGAACAGUUGUGCGACAGGCAAGCUGGUUAGUGAGUUUGUGUUCGAGGGCGCAGCGAAGAGUGCGGAUAUUGAGAGUUUGGAUCCACGGAAUGUUAUGUAG